CAUUUGAAUUGCUUUUAGUUGCACUUAAAUAUAAGUGCUUAAUUGUAACCACAAACCAUUCACAUUAGAUUUGUACAAUAAAGUACAAAUCGCACGCGAAUGGCAAAACCCCAAAACGGAACAAGUGACAAUACCAAAUUAUAAUAGUCCGAGGAUAUUACACACAAAUAUAAACGGUGUACUUGAAUGCACCGUGAGCUCUGCGCGUUCACAACACAUUCGUUUUACCAUAAAAAACGAUGUAGACGUGCUACUAAUUUUAAUGGUGGGUGGGUGUGGGCGCGCGCGCGCGUGCGUUUGGGUAGAAAUGAAGCUGACGGGCGACUGCAUGAUUCAUUUUCUUAAACGUCUGCUUCUUCACGUCUCACGCAAGAGCUUUUAGAGAUGCGUUACCAUGACAGAACGUAACAGACUAAUGAAAAUAUAAACAUUUUCCUCAAUUUUGUCUCAAAUUCACAAUUCUUACUUCCGUAUUCCGCAUCAGCUGAAGUACCGCCGAUGAACCGUAACUGAGAGGAGACGACCCCCUCUGUGCAAGGUAGGAAGAAAUGAUUCUCUUAUUAUUCACAGGUUGCUGAAACAGGUGUAGCUAACAAUAAAUAGUAGGUAGUAGUUGGUGGCGUGUGAUGUGAUGGUCACAAUUCCUGAUAACCUGCUGAUAAACUACAAAAAAAUAAGUGUUUUUGGAGUUCACACGUGUGGCCAGCAUCACAACUGGAACUGUUCAGUGGUGAUUUCAAAAUGUCAUUUCUGUGUUUAAAUGUUGCAAAGAGUCUCAAUAAUGACUCUUACACUUGAGCUUGUGCCACUGAGCAGCUCUAUAGACCGUCCACUGUAUAAUACAUUUGAUAUGCUGGACAGAAAUGACACUUGUGAAGAUUCCCUUUUUAAAUUCCUUUUUAAGAAGUCUAAAAGGCUUGAACAAGGAAGCCGACGGGCUGCCCCAGUCGUGUGAGGAGAAAGAGAGAUGUGGGGGUUAAAGCCACAUGCAAAGAAGCUGGUGAUGGCUGGUGUUUCCUAUGACGUGCUGACUGUACGCUUAAAAUAGAUGAUUUUUCUUUCUUUUUUUUUUAAAGUAAAAAAAGGAGAUAUUUUCUCCCCUAGAAUUGUGAUAUUUCUACUACCUUGAUGAAUAGAAGUGGGGAAAAUAGAAGUGAGUUACACCAGGGGCCAAAAUCCCAUUUCAAUGCUGUAUUUGACACUUUCUCCCUCAGCAUGUUCAAUUAUUUUAAAUAAUUAUAUUAACUAUAUUAUAUAUAUUAUUAGCCCAUACGCGGCCAGUUUUUGUAUGUUCAACCAGCAAUACCAAUAUGUUAGUGGCAAUGAUACACAAUACAUGUUUAAAUACACAUCUGACUUGAAAAUGGGUCAUAAAACAUUCUGCCAGAUGUGAUGAUUUUAACUGAAGGACAAACAGGAGUGGGAAUUUCACAAUGCUUCACUUGAUUAGAAACUGGAUCUAAAUCAAAGCUGGAACAUAAUAUCAGACUCAAAAUAGUCUAAAUAAUUAAAUGUGUAAAACUGGAUUAUAAUAUGUCACAAGAAAAAUCUCAAAUGUCAGUAAAGUAACUUUACAUUAAUGAACGGGACUUUUAUAAAAGGAUGAAGACAUCAGUAUGUCACCUGUCUGUCCACCUCUUACCCAAUGCUGUUAAUUAAUUAAUUAAUUAAUUAAUUAAUAAAAGAAGGACAAAAGACAACAACAACGUUUCAACAUGUAUGACUGUUUACAUGCAGCUCUUAACCUGGGAUUUUACAGCAGGAAAAAUAACAUUCAGUGAAUUUAUUUAUUUAACCGAAAAACAAAACAGUCAAGCUUUGAAUAAUUCAUAAUGUCAUGAUUCAUAACAACAUACUUUUGAUCUGAACUGAAGAUAAGUAUGCAGCAUAAGUUACCACGGUACCAUCGCCUAUUCAGAUUUCAACUACCCAGUACUUUUCCAUGCACAGUAAUGUGUUGUAGCUCGACCAGGUCAUUCAGUUGUGAAUGCUUUUGUUGGCAGUCGUUUGAAGUGAUUCAUUGAAAAAAAAGGGGCUAAAGGGUUGUUGGUAGAAGGUGGUUUCGGGUUUAGCAGGUGUAAUUUGUCAGCAUUGACUAUAGAGUAUUGUCUUAUUUUUCUUUGGACUGGCUUUUUCUACUAUUUAAGGUAUUAGUCAGACGUGGAGAUUGUGUUGCAUACUGAGGCCUGAGACUGAGGCCUGAGACUCUAAUCCAACUGGAGGUAUACUCUCCCUACGGUGGCCAUCCGUUCUGUAAAUUAAGGAUUCUUUGCCUAUUUGAAAGAUAAAUACAUUGUUCCUUAUUUUUGAUCAUGAAAAGAAUACUUCACCGAUUUGCAUUUAGCUUUGAAUUACUAGAAUAGGGCUAGUUUUUUUUUUUUAAAUUGUCCCUCCCAAACUCAGUUUCCCCUGAGUUGAAAAAUAUCUUCUAUAUUUUUUUUGUUACAUGCCCACCAGUGACACUUGGUCCUUUUAGCGUAACUGUUGGCAAAGAUGGCGGCCACUGUUUACAUUCUGGGAAUGAAGUCCCGCCCCCCCUACGAGUUUCUCAACUUAGGGGAAACUGAGGUUGGGAAGCACAAUUUAUCAAAAAUACUAUUCUUGUAAUACAAAGCUAAAUGCAAAUCGGUGAAGUAUUCCUUUAAGUCACGUGUCGUAAUGGAGAGGCGGCGAGAUGUAAAGGUAAAAUGGCCACAUGAGGGAACUGCUCAGGCGAAAGCCGCAAAAAUGUAAAACGGUACCUACGAGUCGAGCCCAUAGGAACGACUUUAACUGUUCACAAAUUACACUGUAACAACUAAUCCUGCACUAAUCAUUUAAACUAACCCUAAACUAAAUUAACUCAAUACUGGCUCCUACACUCACCAGAGCAUGUACUAAAAAAGUAACAUGUACCAGGUACUAGCACUAAUGGAAAAACAAAAUAACCGUGCUGUGCCGAGGUGAGUAGAGUCGCACUAGUGGAACCACGCCAUAUGUCAGUACAACUGAGAAGUUCCUUAUUCUCUUAGUUUACAUGUAUUUUAAAAGUCUUUACAACAAUUCUUGUUUUCAUGUAAACAUACUUAAUGUGGUAAAGCAGAAAAUCCCAACGUUAAACAGCUCUACAAAUCCUGCUUUGUAGUUUAGGCCUCUUCUCUGAUGAGUUACUGUUACGAACUUGUGAUUUGACUGCUUCAGUGGUUUCUUUUAAUUAUGCUUUAGUUGAGUUGCUGUCAAUUAAGUCAUGAUGUUGUUUCUGUCUUUCUUACUGUCAUUUUUUUUGUCCCCACAGAUGAUGGCCGUUUUAAGUAAACCGUCAUGUCUGGCAAAAAUAAGUGCUAUUUGCCUUGCCGUCACUUUUAUUGCUUUAUUUCUAUAUUUUGAGCCACAGUCUCCUUUGUGUCCAUCUACGUCUACAUUAGCUGAUGAAUUAAACGCUGACGACACUGAAAAGCCCAUCUUCCUGCUGUGGUUCUGGCCUCUUGGUGUGAGGUUUGACUUCAAAAUCUGCUCAACCUACUUCAACAUUAGUAGCUGCAUACUGACUGAUGAUAGAUCCAUGUACAGCAGAGCAGAAGGAGUCAUUAUCUUCCAUAGAGAUAUCGACUGGCACUUGAAUAACAUUCCCAAGGACCCACGUCCAUCUUUUCAGAAAUGGAUUUGGUUCCACGUGGAAUCUCCGACAAACACACUGAAGAUACCAGGUUUGGAAAACCUGUUCAACUUAACACUGAGCUACAGACGAGACGCCGACAUUGUGGUGAGGAAUGAGGUGACUGUCAAGAAAGAAGAGAUGAAGGACGUCUUUGUUCUGCCUAAGAAAAACAAUCUGUUGUGUUGGAUUGUCAGUAACAAUGUUGCGAGCACUGGAACAAGCACAAGAGAGAAAUAUUACAAUGAACUGUCCAAACAUAUAAAGAUUGAACUGUUUGGUUCUGCACAUACAGGGCGUCGGUUGAGCUAUGAAGACUAUUACCCAACCCUUGCUAGUUGUAAGUUUUACCUCUCAUUUGAGAACUCGCUCCACAAGGACUACUUUGUAGAAAAGGUAAACGGGCCCCUCGUUGCAGGGUCGGUCCCUGUAGUUAUGGGUCCACCAAGAGAAAACUAUGAGCAGUUUAUUCCCAAUGGCUCCUUCAUUCACAUCAAUGAUUUCCCUGACGCAAAAUCACUGGCAGAGUUUCUACAGCGGCUGGACAAGGAUGAUAAAGCAUACAUGGGUUAUUUUGAGUGGAGAAAGUAUUAUAAAGUGGUGCCUCAUCUUUUGUCAAUGCAGAAUGAAUUCAUUCAUCCCAUCUGCCUCGCCUGUGACCACAUUUCAAAAGACAAGGAGUACCAUGUAGUUAAUGACCUUUAUGAGUGGUACUUUACAUGAAAACUGCUGUGACAUCAUUUUGUUAGAAGUUAUUAGGCAGUGAAGACACUGAAUAUCUCAGGGUUCUUGAAAACUCUUAAAUAAUAAUAAUAUUAAUUAUAAUGACUUAGAUUUAUAAAGCGCUUUUCACGAAGCCCAGUCGCUGUACAGUUGAGAACAGAGAAGAAAACACACACACUAACAAACUCUUAAUUGGACUUGGACAACAGUAAGUUUUCCUAUUCCUUGUUUACCAGUUUUAGUGUGUAUCUUCCACCUUCCUCAGAACUGUCGCCUGAUUCUGGAUGAUGAUGACGGUGGUGGCGUGCCUUCUCAGCUAACAUCAGGUGACAGUUCUGAGGAGAAGAUACACAUUUUUUGAAGAGCGAUGGUUUUGUUUUGUUUUUUUUAAUUUAUAAAUUUAAAUCUUUUGUAAAUAUAAAUCUGAUGAAGCUGUAUCAAGUUACCCGUACUUUGAGAUGACAGAUGACAAAGUACCGUGGUCAUAUUCACAAUACAAAAAAAAAAAAAACAAGCGCAAAUGUGUGCAUGUUGCGUUUUUGGUUUUUAAAAAUGAACCGCUAUUUUAA